UUAAAAAACAAGCUGAAGUUGGCACUCAUCGGCCAGAGCCUUUUUGGACAGGAAGUCUACAGGUGCCUCCGCAAAGAGGGCCACCGAGUAGUGGGGGUGUUUACAGUUCCAGACAAGGAUGGAAAAGCUGACCCACUGGCUUUGGCUGCCGAGAAAGAUGGGACCCCUGUGUUCAAGUUCCCUAGAUGGAGAGUGAAGGGCAAGACCAUCAAAGAGAUUGCAGAGGCCUACAGAUCCGUGGGUGCCGAGCUAAAUGUGCUCCCCUUCUGCACACAGUUCAUUCCCAUGGAUAUCAUUGAUGGCCCAAAGCAUGGCUCCAUCAUUUACCACCCAUCCAUCCUACCCAGGCAUAGAGGAGCCUCAGCAAUCAACUGGACUCUGAUUAUGGGAGAUAAGAAAGCCGGGUUUUCUGUUUUCUGGGCUGAUGAUGGUUUAGACACAGGACCUAUCCUUCUUCAGAGAUCAUGUGAUGUGGAACCCAAUGAUACAGUGGAUGCCCUUUAUAAUCGAUUUCUUUUUCCUGAAGGAAUCAAAGCUAUGGUUGAAGCUGUCCAACUCAUAGCUGAUGGAAAAGCUCCUCGUAUUCCCCAGCCAGAAGAAGGGGCAACAUAUGAAGGCAUCCAGAAAAAGGAAAACGCUGAGAUUUCUUGGGAUCAGCCGGCUGAAGUCUUGCAUAACUGGAUUCGAGGCCAUGAUAAAGUCCCUGGAGCCUGGACGGAGAUAAAUGGACAGAUGGUCACUUUCUAUGGCUCCACAUUACUGAACAGCUCCGUGCCUCCUGGAGAGCCACUGGAAAUUAAAGAUGCCAAGAAGUCUGGUCUUGUUACCAAAAAUGGACUUGUUCUUUUUGGUAACGAUGGAAAAGCACUGAUAGUAAGAAAUCUGCAGUUUGAGGACGGAAAAAUGAUACCUGCUUCACAGUACUUUUCGAAGGGUGAGAUGUCAGCGGUAGAACUUACAGCUGAAGAGGUGAAGGUGGCGGAGACCAUCAAGGUCAUCUGGGCUGGAAUUUUAAGCAACGUCCCUGUUAUCGAAGACUCAACAGACUUCUUUAAAUCUGGAGCAAGCUCAAUGGAUAUCGUCAGGCUGGUUGAAGAGAUCAGACAGAGAUGUGGUGGGCUUCAAUUACAGAAUGAAGAUGUUUACAUGGCCACCAAGUUUGAAGACUUCAUCCAGAAGGUCGUGAAGAAACUGAGAGGAGAAGAUCGAGAGGUGGAGCUCGUGGUGGAUUAUGUUUCGAAGGAGGUCAAUGAGAUGACAGUAAAAAUGCCAUACCAGUGUUUCAUCAAUGGACGGUUCACGGAUGCAGACGAGGGAAAGACUUACGACACCAUCAACCCGACAGAUGGCUCUACAAUCUGCAAAGUAUCUUAUGCUUCUUUGGCGGAUGUCGAUAAGGCGGUGGCAGCAGCAAAAGAUGCUUUUGAACACGGUGAAUGGGGAAGAAUGAAUGCAAGAGAGAGAGGAAGACUGAUGCACAGACUUGCAGACCUACUGGAAGAGAACCAAGAGGAGCUGGCAACCAUUGAAGCCCUGGAUUCAGGGGCGGUCUAUACCUUGGCUCUGAAGACUCACAUUGGAAUGUCUGUGCAAACAUUCAGAUAUUUUGCUGGCUGGUGUGACAAAAUUCAAGGGUCUACAAUUCCAAUUGACCGGGCCCGUCCAAAUCGCAACUUGACCUUCACCAAGAAGGAGCCACUGGGCGUCUGUGCCAUUAUCAUCCCCUGGAACUACCCGCUGAUGAUGCUGGCGUGGAAGAGCGCGGCGUGUCUGGCGGCAGGCAACACCUUGGUGCUCAAACCGGCACAGGUCACGCCCCUGACGGCGUUGAAGUUUGCAGAGCUCUCUGCGAAGGCAGGCUUCCCGAAGGGGGUCAUCAAUAUCAUUCCGGGUUCAGGUGGCGUGGCAGGACAGCGCCUUUCUGAGCAUCCUGACAUCCGCAAACUUGGUUUCACUGGCUCCACUCCUAUUGGCAAACAGAUCAUGAAGAGCUGUGCUGUGAGCAACUUGAAGAAAGUUUCCCUUGAACUUGGUGGCAAGUCCCCACUUAUAAUAUUCAGUGACUGUGAACUUGACAAGGCCGUGCGAAUGGGCAUGGGAGCAGUAUUCUUCAACAAAGGAGAGAACUGCAUUGCAGCUGGGCGGUUGUUUGUGGAAGAAUCCAUCCACGAUGAAUUUGUGACGAGAGUGGUGGAAGAAAUUAAAAAGAUGAAAAUUGGUGACCCCCUUGACAGAUCAACCGAUCACGGGCCCCAGAAUCAUAAGGCCCAUUUGGAAAAGCUGCUGCAAUACUGUGAAGCUGGAGUCAAAGAGGGGGCCACCCUGGUGCACGGGGGAAGACAAGUCCACAGGCUGGGCUUUUUUAUGGAACCGACUGUGUUCACAGAUGUGGAAGACCACAUGUACCUUGCCAAAGAGGAAUCCUUUGGGCCUAUUAUGAUCAUUUCUAAAUUCCAAAAUGGGGACAUCGAUGGAGUGUUGCAGCGAGCGAAUAAUACAGAGUAUGGUUUGGCCUCCGGGGUUUUUACAAGAGACAUAAACAAAGCUAUGUACGUGAGUGAAAAACUCGAAGCAGGAACUGUUUUUAUUAACACAUACAACAAGACGGACGUGGCAGCCCCGUUUGGUGGCGUUAAACAAUCUGGCUUUGGAAAAGACUUGGGUGAGGAAGCUCUAAACGAAUACCUGAAAACCAAGACGGUGACACUGGAAUAUUAGUGUAACACCAUCAUCAGGAAGAGCCUGGCAGACAGCACCAAUUCUCACCUCUCGACACUCCACAAAGUCUGGGGUUGCUGAGACAAGAGGGAUCAGCCACAGGUCAACACCACACAUGGACCAUGAAGAGGGUCAGGCCUCAUGUCAAAGUAUUUACACACAUGCCUUGGUAUUUUCUAAUAUGCCUUUUAUACUUUCAAGUGACUUGCAGUUGUUGGAUUUUGACUAUGUUGUAUAUCAUACACAUUUCUCAAAUACCAGCUGCCUUCCUCUACCAAGAUUAAUCUAUCGAUGGCUGUCCAUCUUGAAAACAUCAACAGCAUGCAGUUAUAAUACAAGGGGCAUUUAUUGGAAUCUUUCUGUAAUAUCUCCAGUUUUUAACCUCUGAACCAUCCAUAUAGGGUUACUGAAAAGGUUUUUUAUAACUCUGCUUCCAAAAAACAGUAUAUCCUCUAAGGAAGGUAAUACUUUUUUUCUUUUCAUAUUUGGAAAUAAGAUAUAUCCUGUGCCUUUCACAGUCUACAUUCUAUUUUUUAACACAUUGUAAUGGGUGAUCAAUCCACCAACAUUUCGUGAAACCCACUAGAUACAAAGUACUAAAUUCUGUUCUGAGGAGUAUAUAUAAUUUAAUGACAUGACCUGUAUCCUCUGCAUAGUUUAGAUUCUAGUAAAUGGCUUUUCAAGUGAAUGUUACAGUAUGACAUAGUGGAAAGUAAAUAGCCUUUGAAGGCUGAUACUGAUUUCUGUCAUACCAUCCUACUAUGUAUGUGACUUUGGGAAACUUGACUCCGCAGAGCCUCAGCUUCCUUAUAUGUAAGAUCAGGAUAGAAACACCUUCCUCAGGACCCUCACUCUAAGGAUUCAUUGCAAUUAUUUAAGUAAGGCACUCCACAUUGUGCCCUGCUCACGGUAAGUCCUCAGUUA